GCAAAUAAGCUUUUGUUACUUUGUCACGAAUGGAGGGUCCUUAGCUUUCUCUUUUAAAUUAAAAAAAAAAAAAUCACACAUAAAAAUAUUUUAAAAAAAUUUAAACUUUGAACAAAUUUCAAAGAUUUUGGUUUUCUUCUGCAAUUUCUCAUCCACCAAUUGAAUCAGGUUGUGAAGUAUUGAGGGUGUUUAUUAUUUGUUGUUUUUUUAUAAUUACUGAUGUCUCCGCCGCUGCUUGGCGUGGAGGAGGAAGGGAUUCAGAGCAAUGUUACUUUACUCGGUUCUUCAGGCUCAAUGGAAAGUGUGUGCCAGAAUAGUGCUGAAUUGAAGGAACGGAACUACAUGGGCUUGUCUGAUUGUUCUUCAGUGGAUAGCUCUGUUUUUUCCCCUCCGUCCGAGGAAAGAAAGGCUAGUUUGAAUCUAAAGGCGACUGAGCUUAGGCUCGGACUUCCUGGAUUGCAGUCGCCUGAAAGAAAUCCAGAGCUUUGCUUGUUAAGUUCUUCUCAGCUUGAUGAGAAGCCGUUUUUCCCUUUGCAUCCUUCAAGUGAUGGUCACUGCUUUGCAUCACAGAAGAAUGUUGUUUCAGGGAAUAAAAGAGGGUUCUCUGAUGCAAUGGAUGGGUUCUCAGAGGGCAAGUUUCUUUCUGAUUCAAAAGUUGAUGUUAUGCUGUCACCUAGGCCUUCUUCAAACUUCGGGGCUCAACCAAUGAAAGCUAAAGAAAUCACGAGCCAAAACGUGGUGCAUGACAGGCCUCAUGCUGCUGACAAGACCAGGCCUAAUCCCAAUGCAUCUGCAAACAAUAACAGUGGAGCACCUGCUAACAAGGCACAGGUUGUAGGUUGGCCACCUAUCAGAUCAUUUAGGAAGAACUCAUUGGCCUCGGCUUCGAAGAACACUGAUGAAGUCGAUGGGAAGGCAGGGCCUGGUGCUUUGUUUGUGAAGGUUAGCAUGGAUGGUGCUCCGUAUUUGAGGAAAGUAGACUUGAAAAACUACACUAAAUAUCAGGAGCUGUCUUCUGCACUUGAGAAGAUGUUCAGCUGUUUUACCAUAGGUCAGUAUGGAUCUCAUGGAACCUCGGGCAGGGAGCUGCUGAGCGAAAGCAAGCUCAAGGAUCUACUUCAUGGAUCAGAAUAUGUUCUUACUUACGAGGAUAAAGAUGGUGACUGGAUGCUUGUGGGUGAUGUUCCAUGGGAGAUGUUCACUGACACCUGCAAAAGGUUGAGGAUCAUGAAAAGCUCUGAUGCCAUUGGACUCGCUCCGAGGGCCAUGGAAAAAUGCAGGAACCGGAACUAGCUACCAUCAUACAUGAUCUUUUCCCACACACCGAAGAUUAUUAUUUCUGAAAGAGAUGACAUGAUGCUGGAGUGGGUAGGAGAUCAUCAUGUAAGCCUGUUUUUGUUCUACUGAAAAAAGUCGUAUCCAGUGCGUAAGGCUACUGCUAUAAGCAAGAACUAGAAAUUCCCAUUGUAGGCACAACCAUUUGUCGGUGUUUGUAGCGAAUAAACCUGUUAGUCUACAUUAAGUUAUAAAACCUUCCUAGUCCUAGCGUUUGUGAGGAACUUUAAGAUUCUAUCAGUCAUGAGUCCGAACGAGUCCCUGUUUCAAAGCAUGAUCUUUUUAGUUUGUAAAGUGCAUUGCUUGUUGAACUUUUAUGGUGCGUGUUUGAAUGAUGAAAGACCUCGACAUAUUAUCUA